GUUAGUUAGCCGUCGACUUAACUUUUUCAUUCACUUUCCUCUCAUUCUUGUUCUUACUCUCCUCGCCUCACUUCAUUAUCGAUUCCUUCUUGGAUUGAUUAUCGGGAAUCUACACUAUCUAGUCAAAUUUAUUUCAUAAAGAACGCAUACACACAAGACAAUGUCCACUGAGCAACAAAACCAGUCGCUGAUGGAGCGGAUCCAGCGGCCGGAGAUGAGCAAGGAGACGCAGAAGAAGAUUGCGAUGGUGGAGCAGGAGUUUAUCCUGGCCGAGGUUGAGCAGUUGCGCCACUCCACACUCCUCUUCCGUCCCCUCUUCGAAAAGCGCAAGGAGCUCAUCUCCACGCCCGACCUGGUCGACACCUUCUGGACGCGCGUGAUGCUCAACGCGCCGGCCGAGAUCGAGGAGCACAUCACCAUGGAGGACGCGACGAUCCUGGCGUCCACGCUUAAGAACCUCAGCGUCGAGCGGUUCGAGGUCGACGACAAGGGCAACGGCGAGCCGCGCAGCUUCCGUCUGACCUUCGAGUUCCGCACCGGCGACGAGAACCCCUACUUCACCAAUCAGACCUUGGUCAAGGACUUCUACUGGCGCAAGCAGGUCAUCACCACUGCCAAUGGCCACAAGCGCCACUGGGACGGCCUGGUCUCGGAGCCCGUCCGCAUCAACUGGAAGGAGGGCCAGGAUCCCACCAAGGGGUUGCUGGACGCGGCCUGUGAUCUGGCCGAUGCCGAGAAGAAGAAGGCCGCGGACACGGACCGGAAGGAGUUGCCCGAGUUUGAGGCGCUGAUGCGCAAGCGCGAUGAGGUUGAGGCCGCUGGCGAUGAGGCCAAGGCUGAGGAUGACGAGGACGAGGAUGAUGUUCCCGAGGAUGCGCCCUUGAGCUUCUUCUCGUUCUUUGGCUACCGCGGGAGCGACGUCACCGCUGAGCAGUCGAAGGCGGCGACGAAGGAGGAGGAGGAGAAGUAUGAGAAGCUGAGCAAGGGUGAGGACGUCGAGGAGAACGACGACGAGGACGACGAGGAUGAUGACCUCGAGGAUGACUUCGAGUUCAUCGAGAUCUUCCCUGGUGGCGAGGAGCUGGCCAUCGCCGUCGCCGAGGAUCUCUGGCCCAACGCGAUGAAGUACUUUGUCACGGAUGCUACCAUCGAGGAAGGCGACUACUACAGCGAUGUCGACGUGUCCGAUGAUGAGGACGAGGAUGAACGUCCCCGCAAGAAGACUAAGGUCUAAAUCGGCCUUUUCAACCCUUUCCUCAAAGCACAAGCAGCAGGAUCAGGAGGAGUACUAGAACGAAUAUCAAGACGGCGAUGGCGAAGGAGGACAUUGUAUCUAUGGGCGACGAUCUGAUUAGUGAUUUUUUCUUCAUUUUGUUUUGUUUUGCGCAAUCGGGGUUGGAUAGAGCACCCUCCCCAACAAAAGUGAGAAAUCGAUUUUCCCUUAC